GUUAAAAUCUGGGACAUUCCCAAGCACUUGCUAACAAGAAACAUUACCAGUCCAAAUAAGGAACUUCUUGGGCAUGUUCGAAGAGUGGGUCUCAUUGAAUGGCAUCCCACUGCUAAUAACAUCCUCUUCAGCUCUGGCUAUGACUACAAGAUAAUGAUCUGGAACCUUGACACCAAGGAGCCCAUCAUCUCAAAUCCCGUGAAGAUCCUCGAUGCUCACAAAGAUGUGGUGCUCUCCAUGUCCUUCAACACGGAUGGCAGUCUCCUUGCCACAGCCUGCAGGGAUAGAAAGAUACGUCUGAUAGACCCUCGUGCAGGAACAGUCCUACAGGAAGCCAGCUACAAGUCUCACAGAGUCAAUAAAGUCCUGUUCCUUGGAAACAUGAAAAAGCUCUUCUCUACUGGAACAUCUCGGUGGAAUAACAGGCAAAUUGCGCUAUGGGAUCAAAAUGACCUUUCUGUGCCUUUACUGGAGGAGGAUCUGGAUGGUUCCUCGGGACUCCUGUUUCCUUUCUAUGACUCAGACACACACAUGCUUUACGUUGUGGGAAAGGGUGAUGGAAAUAUACGGUACUAUGAGAUAAGCCCUGAGAAACCAUACCUGAACUACCUGAUGGAGUAUCGUUCUCAUUUGCCGCAGAAGGGAAUUG